UGCUUCUGUCAUUGCAUUCGGCGGGUAGGAUCAAGAAAAAGAAACAAGAAACACCAAAACCAAAAACACAAGAACCGAAACCGAAACAGACAACACACAAAAAUUAACAACAAAUCGAAAAAAACAGCCUUUAUUUUUUUCACGUUUAAGUGCAACCACACAAAGAAUAAGAAGCCAAACCAGAAGUAGAAGAAGAAGGAGCAGCAGAGUGCUUAAUAAUUCUAACGCCCAAUCUACUAAAAACAAACACCAAAAUCAAAACUGCAACCAUAUAUAAACAACAACAGCAAGCAAGAACCACCGAAAAAUCAACAACAUCAAAAGUGGCAGAAAACUCACCAAGUUCAACAAUAAUAUUCAACAACCAGCUAAAUUGUAAAACAAGAAACCACCAUCAGCAACCAAUAAUUUCAACAACCAAUCGUCAAUAAAAGCCACACACACCAACAAUUUUCAACAACAAUAUUUUCAACAAUUUUCAAGUACUUUUAACAACAAUUUCCAAGAAUAUUUUUUGAAAAAACAAAAGUAGAAAAGUUUUAAACAACAAUAGUAUCCAAAAGAAGUUAAACAACAAUUUCCACAAUAACUGUAAACGUGUCGCGACUUAAAGCUGCUGCCUCUUCUGUCCCUCUCUCUCGCGUGUAUUCGUCCUGUUCAGUGUUGGUGUACGAGAAUCGUGUUUUGUUUUUUUUGUCAAACUUAUAUAUCCAUUUCUUGUAUUACGCGUUCGUCGUCCUUGUUACGUGUGUGUGUGUGCGAGAAGAGGGAGUGCGCUAGUUUGUGUAUGCUAUGUCAAAUAUCGGGGGCAUUAAUACGCUCCUCCGGGCGGCUGAAUUUAUCGAGAAGCUGAAUGAGGUCCCGCAGGCGGGAAGCGGUGGCGCCGGCGCACUUGGAGUCGGCGUGGGCGUGGCACUGCCCCAACAGCAGUCGCUGCUGGGCAAGAGCAUCUCCAUUAUCAACAACAACAAUAGCAGCCAGCACAAUAGAAAUAGCAGCAGUAGCAGUAACGGGAUUAUUGCAACGCCACCGUUCACGAACGGAAAUUGCAACGGUUUCGUCGGCAUCGGUAACGUGAACGUAAACGUUAACGUCAAUGCGAACGGGAACGGUCUGAGCAACGGUCACAGCAGUCCGCGCAGUCAAUUAGCCGCCGCUGCCCACGAUUAUGAGCUUGCCGCCGUCGUUGGCAGCGCAGUCGCCAACGGACACAGCGAAGGUCGCCCCCUCAUCUCGGAGGAUGAUAAUUCCUCAGUCAACAGCAAGAACAAGAACAAGAACAACACCCACUCCCCACAGCAGCAACAACAACAGCAACAACAGCAUGAUGCGGCAAGAAUAGGAGCAGCAUUGGCAAUAGCAAUAGCUGCCGAAACAGCGGCGGCACAGAGGCUAACAGCCACCAACACCACCGCCACCUCCUCCCCCACAACCACCCCCGCAAUUAGCACCCCCUCGCCCGCCUCCUCUGCCGUCAUGGUGCUGGCAGCAGCAGCAGCAGCCACUACGGCAACACCUGCAACACCUGCAACAGCAGCAACACCUGCAACAUCCAAUCCUGCCAAGCACAAAUUGGGCCCCUUCGCCUCGAUACCGCCCAAAUUUCUAUUGGUUUCGGAUGGCAAGGAGGUCUAUCCAAAGGCCUCGGCCUCCAGUGCCUCCAAUGCCUCCGAUUCGCUGGAUUCGUUUCGCUACAAUCCCAAUUCCGGGGAGAGGAUCAGAAAGAUAAUGCAGAAUAUGCAGAACAUGCAGCAUAUCGAGCAGCAAUUCCAUAGUCUGCGACCGGCGGUCAUUCCCCUAACACCACCGCCCACAUCCACCCGAAAAGUGGACACCAGCAUCUCGCGGAUUCGCUCCUACUCACUGUCCAAUGCCUUUUCAGCACCCCGAGAUCAGUCGGCGGAUCAUCCGCAGCAGCAUCUGCAAUUCCAACACAAUCUCAGCUAUGUGAGAAGCGCCAACGGUGGUGUUGUCUAUGGCCUGCCAGCGGAUUCGGUUGACUCCUCUGCAGCCGCCGGAUCGGUGGCCAUGAACAUUGCCUCCUCGGCGCCAGCGGCAGGAUCUCAGCUGACGGCGCACCAUCACACGGGACACGGCGGACGCAGGCGCACCACCAGUUCCAACAGCAAUGGAGCGGGCACUCGGGAAGUGCACAACAAGCUGGAAAAGGAGCGACGCGCCCAGCUGAAGGAGUGCUACGACCUGCUCAAAAAGGAGCUGCCCAUGCGGGACGAGGACCGAAAGAAGACCUCCAAUUUGACAAUACUCGAUACGGCCCACAAAUUUGUCAAGCAAUUGACGCAGCGUGAUCGCGAGCAGGAGGCGGAGGUGGAGAGGCUGGCGAAGCAGAAGAUUGAGCUGCAGAAGCGGCUGAAGCGAUUGGGUUUGAGGAGGGAAACGCCGCCCACCGAUCAGCAAAGCAUUCCACAGGCCAUCAAAGCCAUUUGCGUGGCAACAACCACCGCACCAGUACCACCAACGGCGGCCAGUGGUCGCAAUGGAACCACAAUUCUAUUCGACGCAGGCAACGCCUGUGCCACUGGGCAGCUAACAACUGUGAUAAACAAAUCAAAUGCCACACCAGCAUCAGGAGCAGGAGCAACCGCAGCAGCCAACGGCAGCAUUAGCAGCAAACACAAUGGCAACCACACAGGAGGAGCAGCAACCACACUGACUCCGGCCAUGGGUAUCAUGACAAUUAAGAACGGCAAUGGCAACGGCAACGGCAACAUACUGGCAAUCUCACCAACGGCAAUCCAGCAGCAGCACCAUCACAACGGCAGCCCAGCGGGCAGUCCAUCGGCAAUUGGAGGAGCAACUAGUGGAGCCACCAUUACACGUGGCUCGCCCACGCCAUCGACUCCAUCGCCGUCGCCCAGCUCCUCGUCCAGUGGCGUCUCGUCGUCGGCCUCGUUUAUGGGCGGCGGCUCCUCCUCGUCGUCCUCCUCCUCAUCAUCCUCCUCGUCGUCGUCCUCCUCGUCGUCGUCAUCCAGUACGUCGUCCAGUUCGUCGUCGCCCACGCAACAGCAGCUGAUCGCCACGCCCACGGCCACCGCCCAUUUGGUGGGCGCCCGCAAUGUUGGCCUGAAAUUCCACGGCGGUGCGGGUGGUGCGGCCAGCGCCUUGAAUGGCGGUGCCACCAUUGUGGCCGCUGCAGUGCCAACUGGCGGCGGAUCAGCGAAUGGUUUCCAUCAGGCGGACAAGGACCGCAAUUACAAUUUCCUGAUGCUCAGUGCUGGGACAACGGCGCAGUAAACCAACAAACAAGAAACAACAACAACAACAUCAAACGAACACCUACAACAAUAAUGAAAACAACAACAACAACUGAAUUGUGUGCAACAGCUCCCACCUUAUAAAAGAAAAAAUGUAACAACAACUAGAAGAAGGUUCUCUGAAAACUCUUUUUUCUUACAACAAGAUACAAACAAAUAUUAUGUAUUUUUCACACUUUCGCACACAUUGAAAACAACAACAACAGCAGCAGCAGCAGCAGCAGCAGCAAAAAGAAAAUAACAAAGCUGUAAUUUUUUAUGUAAAACAAAAAAAGAAAACAAAAGCUAUCAAACAGUUCCGCCCAACACUUAGCAUCGAUUUUGAAAAUCAACAAAAUGAAGAGGAAGAUUAUUUUUUAAUAAAUAAUUUUAAAGAAACAACAAAAGCGCGGAAGAGAAAGCUACCAAC